UUGUUUAUUUAUUAAUUACUAUUAUUAAUUGUAGUAACUAUAAAAGUGUACUGUGUAGUAUAUUAUAUACCUAUAGGUUAUAGGCAAAUUUUAAAUUACCAUAUAUCGUUCUAUAUUGGGUAAGUGCUAAAUGCCUUUCACGAUGUACCGAAAAUAAACCGAAUCUAGGAGCUUAUGAUGUAGAAUUAUUUUAUGGGAUCUUAAGUUUGAAUUUCGGUACCAGUUCUAUUACGUAUCCCACAAGUACUUACGAAAAAUAAAAACUUCGGCAUGGAUUCGGUAACAUCAGCACUUGCAAAUGUUGCUGCUAAUAAAGGCGGUAUUUAUGGAAGUCUAGUUUAUUUACGUUCCGAAAUGGCAAAAAAAAAUGGAGCGUUAAAAGAAUUUCGAGAAUAUGGUGGUGUUAAAAUAUUGAGCAGAUUAUUACAACAAGUUAACCCUAAGAUAACAUCAUUAGUUUUAAGCAUUCUUGGAGACUACAGCAUGAAUAAAGAGUGUUGUGAAGAAUUACUUGACUAUGGUGUUCUCAAAGAUCUUAGUUUCAUAAUGAAAAAUAUAAAUGUUGAUUCGAUUCACUAUCGCAUAUUUAGGUUGAUCGCUAAUCUAGCUAAAUCUGAAGCCCAUAUUCCGGCUAUGUACAAACAUAAUAUUCAUAGCAUAACUAUACAAACAUUAUCAAAUACUGAUAGUGAUCUUACAAGAUAUACGGCAAUUCGAGCUCUUAGAAAAAUAUGGGAAAAUUCAUCAAAAAUUGGUUGUUCAGAAAUGUUAAAGUUGCGAGCUGUUAAAAUAAUCUCAGAUUCCUUAAAAUCAGAAUGUAAGGAAAUAGUUAUGGCUGUUCUACGAGCCCAGACUGCCAUUUUGUACCGUGUUUUAGAGUUGAAACAUGCAAAAAAUAGUCUAGACGCUGUUGUACAGAUUUUAGGAAAUAGUGAGCAAAAAAGUAUUGAUAACAUAUGUAUUUUAAUGGGAUUAUUACCUGAACGGCCAUUAGUUUCCAAGAUAAUAUAUGCAAUGUGUAGAAUUCGUGAUGCUUUAGGAUAUUUACAUCAAUCUCGUUUGAUUGUGCAUAUCACUGAAAUUUUAAAAAAUGAAGAUAACCAUUAUUUGACAUUAUCAAUGUGCCUUUUAUUGCAAUGUCCACUCAACCGCAUUAGAUUCGUUGGUAUACAAGACUGGCAAAGUCUAUUUUUGGGCUUAAUCACCAGUACAAACCAUACUUAUAUUGAUAUAGCAAUUAAUACUUUACCACAUUUCCAAUAUUGCAAAGUUACAAUUAAAAAAAUGGUAGAAAAAGGUUUGAUUCCAAUGUUAAUCAAGCUUUUAUCUUUAUAUGUAAAAAAAAAUAAAAUGCCUCAUAUGUGUCCAUUGGAAAUUAAAGCUAAAUCAUUAGAUUAUUCGACAUUUGUUAGCUGUGCCUCUCCAACAACUUCAUAUGAUCAUGAUGCAAGUCCUAUUUGGACACCACCUAAAGAUGAUAACAUAGCCACAGACUCGCAUUCUCCAUAUUAUUCACCAGUUUGUGAAUCAUUUGAUAUUGAGUCUGUAAACGCAGAUGAUUCAAAAUCUGAUGUCAGUGACUUUGAAGAAAAGGAUGAUGAAAUUGUAGAACAUUCAUCUCUAGAAGAUACAACAGCGUGUAAAAUAAUACAGUUCCUAACACAUGUAAUGUACAUAGAAAAAGUUGUGUUAUUAAUGGCUGAUAAAAAUGUAUGGGAGACAAUUUUAGAUUAUAUGCAAUAUAUUGAAAAUGGACAUAACAAUUCAAACGCAUUAAAGAUAUUAGAAUUUAUUACUCGUGAAGUUCUGAACUUGAAUAGUAUUCUCACUGAAGAGUUAAUUUUAACAACACAUCGAAGUCUAUGUAGACCUAUUCACGAACUCGAGCUAUGCAAGUAUUGUAUGAUCCGAAACAAAUUGGGUAUGAAAAUCAUCAAAAAUACUCAAUCAUUUUCAUCAAAAUUUGGAGAAGGUAUUAUGACUGGUAUAUUGGAUGAACCAGAUACACCAGAUGCUAAACUAAAACUUAAAAUAUUAGUGUCUGUUCAUGUCCCCCUUGUUAUUCAAAGCAAUCCCAAACUAUUGAUUCUACUGUUAUCUCGUUACAAAGUAUAUUACAUGUUAUGUAAUAUAAUUAAAGAUGACCAAAAUCCAUCGUUUGAUGAUGCUAUUGGAGCUUUAAUAGCUUUAUUUGAUAAAGUAAAAAUUACUUUUAAAAAAUCAGAAAUACAAUAUUGUCAAACCCGAGAUUGCAAUAAAAGUAUUAUACAAAAAGAAACUACUGUAACAAUAGAGUUGGACGAUGGUGUAUUAAUAAAUGCAAAUAAAUCCUUAUUAUCAUUGAAAUCUCCAAUGUUUGAGGCCAUGUUUCGAUGUGGAGGUUUUAAGGAAGCAUACCAAAAUACUGUACGUUUAAAUGAUGUAAGUUCUGACUGUAUCAAAUCAUUUUUGCUUCUACUUGAAGUAUAUUGUGAUUGUCUUUUGCCCAAAAAUGUAAAUGUUCUCUUAGAAUUAAUAACAAUCACAGAUCAAUACAUGUCAAAUGAAUUAUCUGAAAAAAUUAUUAUGUUUAUGAUAAACUCUAUUUCGGUUGAUAAUUGUGAUAUAAUUUAUGGAUGGGCAAAAGAUUUUGGUCAUCAGUUAAGACUCGGGGCCAAUGUGGAUUUAGAUGUUGUUAAAUAUUUGUUUACUUCAAAUUCAAGAUUCCCUGACCGUGUAAAAACUAUCAAAAAAAUUAGUAGAAGUAGUUACGGAAAACUUUUUAUUGAAGAUUUAACAACCUUAAUAAAACGUGGAUUGUCAAGUAUAAUAACUUUUGAUGAUAAAACAUCAUUAUUUUAUCUGAACAAAUUACAUAGUGGAUUAGAUUAAUCUAGUAACAUGACUAAAUAGUUUACAGUGCUCACUAAUUAAAAAUUGUGUGAUUGUGAAAUCUCCAUUUCUCAACCGGAUUAAAUUAAUCAAAUUAGCGGAACACUAUAUACUAAGUAUAUAUUAUAUUGUAUGAUAUUUAUAUUUUGUGAUUUUUUUUCUUAUUGAUUUUAUCAUUGUAAAAUAUAAUAAAGACUAAUUAUAGUCAAAACAUAA